AUGUCCAGUAAAGCAGGUGGAAAACGCCCGGCUAUCACCAACAGUGACGUAUCCAACCACAACAUGGUGUCCGAGGUCCCCCCAGAGCGGCCCAGCAUCCGGGCAACCCGAACAUCCCGCAAGGCCAUCGCCUUUGGGAAGCGCUCACACUCCAUGAAGCGUAAUCUCAAUGCACCUGUCACCAAGGCGGGCUGGCUCUUCAAACAGGCCAGCUCCGGGGUUAAGCAAUGGAACAAGCGCUGGUUCGUCCUGGUGGAUCGCUGUCUCUUCUACUACAAAGAUGAGAAGGAGGAGAGCAUCCUGGGCAGCAUCCCCCUCCUGAGCUUCCGGGUGGCCGCAGUGCAGCCUUCGGACAACAUCAGCCGAAAACACACCUUUAAGGCCGAGCACGCCGGGGUCCGCACAUACUUCUUCAGUGCCGAGAGCCCCGAGGAGCAGGAGGCCUGGAUCCAGGCCAUGGGGGAGGCUGCCCGAGUACAGAUCCCCCCAGCCCAGAAGUCGGUGCCCCAAGCUGUGCGUCACAGCCACGAGAAGCCAGACUCCGAGAACAUCCCACCUAGUAAACACCACCACCAGCCAUCCCACAACAGCCUCCCCAAGCCUGAGCCCGAGGCCAAGACUCGAGGGGAGGGUGACGGCCGGGGCUGCGAGAAGGCCGAGAGGAAACCCGAGAGGCCCGAAGUCAAAAGUGAGCCUCUGGUGAAAGCCAAUGGCAUCCAAGCCGGACCGGAACCAGCCUCAGAGCCUGGCAGCCCUUACCCCGAGGGCCCGAGGGUCCCAGGGGGAGGGGAUCGGCCCGCCCAGCCCAACGGCUGGCAGUAUAGCUCCCCGAGCCGACCAGGGAGCACAGCUUUCCCACGUCAGGACUCAGAGAGUGGGGGACACCAGCGGAGCUUCCCCCCGCGUGCCGACCCCGACAAAAUUGCCCAGCGCAAGAGCUCCAUGAACCAGCUUCAGCAGUGGGUGAACCUGCGCCGAGGGGUGCCCCCACCCGACGACCUUCGCAGUCCCUCUAGGUUCUAUCCUGUGUCCCGCAGGGUCCCUGAGUAUUACAGCCCCUACUCCUCCCAGGACCCCGAUGAUUACCACUACUACCCACCAGGGGUGCGGCCGGACAGCAUCUGCUCGAUGCCAGCCUACGAUCGGAUCAGCCCACCCUGGGCGCUGGAGGACAAGCGCCACUCGUUCCGCAAUGGAGGCGGCCCUGCCUUCCAGCUGCGGGAGUGGAAGGAGCCCCCGGGCUACGGGCGGCAGGAUGGCACCGUCUGGCUCCCCGGCCCCUCCCCCUCCCGGCAGCCAGUCUAUUACGAUGAGCUGGAUGCCACCUCCAGCUCCCUGCGCCGCCUGUCCUUGCAGCCCCGCUCCCACUCUGUGCCGCGCUCGCCCAGCCAGGGCUCCUACAGCCGUGCCCGCAUUUACUCCCCCGUCCGCUCACCCAGUGCCCGCUUUGAGCGCCUGCCACCUCGCAGCGAGGACAUCUAUGCUGACCCUGCUGCCUAUGUGGUGAGGCGGUCCAUCAGCUCCCCCAAGGUCCCUCCGUACCCAGAAGUGUUCCGGGACGGUCUCCACACCUACAAGUUAAACGAGCAAGACACGGAUAAGCUGCUGGGCAAAUUGUGUGAGCAGAACAAGGUGGUGAGGGAGCAGGACCGGCUGGUACAGCAGCUCCGAGCUGAGAAGGAGAGCCUGGAAAGUGCCUUGAUGGGGACCCACCAGGAGCUGGAGAUGUUUGGAAACCAGCCUGCCUACCCGGAGAAGCUGCUGCACAAGAAAGAGUCCCUACAGAACCAGCUCAUCAAUAUCCGCGUGGAGCUGUCGCAGGCGACCACGGCCCUGACGAACAGCACCAUAGAGUAUGAGAGCCUUGAGUCAGAGGUGUCUGCCCUGCACGAUGACCUCUGGGAGCAGCUCAAUUUGGACGUCCAGAAUGAGGUGCUCAACCGGCAAAUCCAGAAGGAGAUCUGGAGGAUCCAGGAUGUGCUGGAGGGGCUGAGGAAGAAUAACCCAUCCCGGGGCACAGACACGGCCAAGCACAGAGGAGGACUUGGCCCCACGGCCACUCACAGCUCCAACAGCCCCGCCAGCCCUCUCAGCUCCACCAGCCUCACCAGCCCCCUAAGCCCCUUCUCACUGGUGUCCGGCUCGCAGGGGUCCCCCACCAAGCCCGGGUCCAGUGAGCCCAAGGCAAGCCAUGAGCAGAGCAAGAAAGACCCCCACCAGACAUCACCCCUGGAUACCGCUAGAGACAACAGCCUUGUGCCCACCAGGCAAGAGGUGGAGGCAGAGAAGCAGGCAGCUCUCAACAAAGUUGGCAUUGUGCCUCCUCGGACAAAGUCGCCCGCUGAUGAAGCGCUAACUCCAUCAAGGGUGGUGAGGAGGAGUACCAAUGGGCUCACCAAUGGACUGUCCUCCCGGGAGCGCCCCAAGAGUGCUGUGUUCCCUGGCGAGGGCAAGGUCAAGAUGAGCGUGGAGGAGCAGAUUGACCGCAUGCGGAGACAUCAGAGCGGCUCUAUGAAAGAGAAGAGGAAGAGCCUGCAGCUCCCGGCCAGUCCUGCCCCUGACCCUGCUCCCCGGCCCACCUACAAAGUGGUGCGCCGUCACCGUAGCAUCCACGAGGUGGACAUCUCCAACCUGGAGGCAGCCCUGCGGGCAGAGGAGCCUGGUGGGCAGGCCUACGAGACGCCGAGGGAAGAAAUUGCCCGGCUUCGCAAAAUGGAACUGGAGCCCCAGCACUAUGAUGUGGACAUCAGUAAGGAACUCUCCACACCAGACAAAGUCCUCAUCCCCGAACGGUACAUUGACCUGGAGCCUGAUACUCCCCUGAGCCCCGAGGAGUUGAAGGAGAAGCAGAAGAAGGUGGAGAGGAUCAAGACACUCAUUGCCAAGUCCAGUAUGCAGAACGUGGUGCCCAUCGGCGAGGGGGACCUUGUGGACGUGCCCCAGGACUCAGAGAGCCAGCUGCAGGAGCAGGAGAAGCGGAUUGAAAUCUCCUGUGCCCUGGCGACCGAGGCCUCCCGCAGGGGCCGCAUGCUGUCUGUGCAAUGUGCCACCCCAAGCCCUCCCACCUCCCCUGCUUCCCUGACUCCACCAGCCAACCCCCUAUCGUCUGAAUCCCCACGGGGCGCCGACAGCAGCCAUACCAUGCGGGUCUGAGCUCUGACUGCAAGCUCUGGCCGAGGCCAACGCCGGGAAGCUGCACAGAGCCACGUUCUGAAGGCCUUGGCCCCCUGAGGCCCCAGCUCCCCAGCCUGGCCCCCUGCCCCUGCGCGCCCGUGGGAGGGCUGCGGGGAGCCAGGCUGGGGGCCGGGGUUGCUGCCCACACGUUACCUCAGUGUCCACACGGCCAGCACGCCCGGCCCCGAAGCCCUCGCGCCUCAGAUGGCGGCCCCAGGCCGGGGCCUGAGAUGGCGGGCAGACAGCAGCCUCCGGCGCCCGUGGCCCAGGGGGCUAGGCCCUGGCUGGUGGUGUGAAGGCCCUACUGGAACGUUUCCUGCUGAAGAGGAUGCCCUGGUGGGGGAGACGCUCUGGGCUCUCUCAGGGUAGCACUAGGCUGAGGAGAAGAUGGACGCUCUGCCUCUUCCGGCCCCUCCUGACACCAAGGGCGGCACCUUUUAUGUACCUUCCCCCAUCAACAUCCCCCCCCACCCGCUGCCCCCAUCGACACCCCCCCACACCUGGGGCUUUGACACGUUUCUGCUUAGGGGUGCUCCUUUGGGGUCCAGUGGAGACUGACCACCCUGCUUGAGCCAAAGACAAGAUGACAAGAGCUGGGGAGAGGCUCCUUGGCUCCCAGGGGGACACAGUGCUGGCUGUGGGUAGAGAGCGGCACGCAGGUCUGUGCAGGGUCUGAGGACAGGUUGAGAAGGGGGAGAGGAAAGAAAGGGAGAGAUGGAGGCAAGUGGGAGGACAGGGAAGCGGCAGGACUCAUUUGCAAGUAAAAGGGUGAGGCGGAGGUGGAAAGGGGAUGUGGGAUGGGUGGGUUUCCCUAGGAUGGAGCCUUAGCUUAGUGCCAAGUACAGUGCCAGACUGUGGGCCCUGCUCCUGCACCUCGUCCCUCGGGUCCACGGGCCUGCCCACACACUGGCUCCAGGAGGACCCACCAGCGAGCACAGGAUGACCUUCAGCUGUAGCCGUGGGGACGAAGGUGUGGGGAUGCUGGUGCGGGUGAGCGGGUGGGACGAUGGCCCUUUCUGGGUCUGGGCCUGGUGUCUGCCUCCCCCUCCUCAGCUCAGGGGCAGAGAGAAAGACCUCUGUCACGCAGGGUGUCAUUAGCCUUGGGGCCUUUCCUGACCAUGUUCGGGACAUUUUCUUGUCCCCCUGCCCCCUGGAAUGUGCUGUGGGUCAGCUGAGAGAGUGCCCCAGAGAGGAAAUGCAGCCUUAAUCUGGCAGGCUAGAUUCUACGGCCCCACCCCGCGUCCCGGGCAUCCCCGAGGAGGACCAGGUGGGGCUGCAGGGAAGGACUCUCUUCUGGCCUGGCUCUUUCACCAUCUGCCUACCUGGGGAGGUCAGUGGAGGAGACACAGAAGCAAAGCUCAUUUUUCCUCCUUGCCUUUCAUCUGGGGAGGAUGGUAGCCUGGGAGGAGGGAGGGGUGAGAGUGAAGCUGGAAAAGACUGUGCCCCUAGGCCUUCUCUUUACCAGAGUUGAUGCUCAGAGACUUCAGCCUCCAGUGGCCCCGAGAACAAUGACUUCAUCUGCCACCAGUUCUCCACUCCUUCACAGCUGGGCCAGUGACUGGUUCAUAUGCAAGUAAAGAUGGCAACUCAUUCAACAGAUAUUUAUCGAGCACCUUUUAUGUACCAGGCACUGUUCUAGGUGCUUAGGAUAUUCUUGUGCUUCAGAGGGAUUGCAGGCUGGGGAAUUCCACUUUCCUUUUAGCAGAUUUUUUGAACAUGACCUUUGGCUACGUUUCCCAUCUUUAGCACUGCUCAAGCACCCCACACCUGUUUUCUCCUUCCCCGCCGACUGGCUGGUGAGGUUGGCCCUCUCCAUUUUUCCAACACCUUUCUCCAUCCACAAGAAAUGGCUGUUUCAGGGCCUCCAUGCCUUUCCCCUUUCUUUGUCUGUCUCGCCUUUUUUUUUAAGUGGUAUUUUUAGAAAUACGUGUAAAAGACCAAGGAUUAAGGUCUGCACCUCUACCACCUCUCUCUCACCUCUUAUUUCAUAAAGCUGGCUCUUUAUGUUGCUUUACAUGCCUUAAUAUAUGUUUGAUGAAGAUUAUACAUAUUAUAGAUAUAUACAUAAUAUAUAUAUUUGUUUGGACGUCUGAUCCUUUCCCAGAACUCCUGCCCAGGCCCAUUUUCCCUCCUUUACUUUCCACACCAUUCCUAGCACGUGUUGGCCACACCCCAUGCCUUUUGAUCCAAAGAAGGGGAGAAGACAGACUUAUUUUAAGACAGAUCUAUUUUACGCUUUUAUUAUAAAAGCAAAUCUAUUUUCAAAAUGUGCAAUGUCUGAAUGGAAUCGGCAAAUGAUACGAGGAGAUUGGGCAGCUGCCUCCAGGUCCAACCCUCUUCCCCCGCAGCUUCCUCCUCCCAUCCCCCAGUCUGCAAAGGCCUGGGCCCCAGAGCUCACCCGGAGAGCAUCUCACCAGGGCGGGACAUUCUCUUGGAAGUCCUGGUCUAAGGAUUUGAUUCCACUGUCAACUCUUGACGACCCUCUAGGGUUACGGGAUGUGAAACCUCUCAAAGGAAAUGUUUACAGCUGUGUGCACAAAAGUACAGCCCAGCGGGCACCCCCGCCACCCCCAGUAUGCUCCCGGACCACCUCCCAUCACCAAUCUGCUGGAAAGGGCAGACAGAAUGGGAACCUACGCCAAAUGGCACCAAGAAUCCUACUCCCUGACAGAGCCAGGAUACAGUGCAAAGGCCAAAAGAAACGGUUUGGGACCACAGGUCCUUCAGCACAGACACAUUCGAGUUCCUUGGACUUCUCACACUCUGAUCCCUUUCUGGUCUGGGUCACAUCUAUGACAUCUGUCUCCUUCUGUGACCUUUCCUCGGGGGGCUGUUGUUAAGGGGGACGUUGGCUCAGUCUGGCAUCCAGACUGCAAAGUCAGCUUCCAGACUGAAGUGGGUCCCACGGACAAGGUGACAGCUCAGCCUUGCCCAAGAAGACCCCAGGACUGUCCCCUGGUGGGCUGCCACUGGGAUGCUGAACUCCGCCAGCUCAGCCUUCCAAACUGCUUAGUGGCUGACAAAGUAGGCAAGGGGA